AUGCUACCUCCAGACUCUCCCUUGGUUCUCGUCACAGGAGGAUCUGGCUUCGUUGCCUCUCAUCUUAUCGUCCAUCUCCUAAAACAAGGAUACACAGUCCGCACAACCAUUCGGUCACACUCAAAAGAAGCAGAAGUCAGACAAGCAAUUACGCACGCCGGUGUAAACGCCAAAGAUAGACUCACGUUUAUCAUUGCCGACUUGACAAAAGAUGAGGGCUGGUCAAACGCAAUGAAAGGAUGCAGCUUCGUGCACCACGUCGCAUCGCCUUUUCCAUCCGCAGCUCCCAAAGACGAAAACGACUUGAUUCGACCGGCAAAAGAAGGGACACUCCGUGUAUUGAGAUUUGCUCGUGAUGCUGGCGUCCAACGAGUCGUCUUUACGUCGUCCUUUGCUGCGAUUGGAUAUGGCCAUGUACAGAAGAGGUCGUUCACUGAAGAAGACUGGUCUGUGUUAGAUGGAGAGGUUGCUGUGCCUGCAUACCACAAGAGUAAGAUAUUGGCGGAGAAGGCUGCUUGGGGCUUUGUCAAUACGGAGGGCGGGUCGCUUGAAUUGUCGGUCAUUAAUCCCACGGGUAUAUUUGGCCCUGUUCUGAGCAAGGAUUACUCGUCGUCCAUUGAAAUUAUCAAGAAUAUGAUGGUUGGAAAUGUCCCUGCGUGUCCACGGAUUUCGUUUGGGGUGGUGGAUGUUCGAGAUCUCGCUGAUUUGCAUAUUCGAGCAAUGGUUGAUGAAGCAGCGAAGGGGCAGCGAUUCAUCGCUACUUGUGAUGACGGACCGGCUUCGAUGAUUGGGAUUGCGAAUAUGGUUCGGAAACAUUGCUCUGAGUUUGCGUCGAAGCUACCGAGUAGGGAGAUCCCUAAUUUUGUUUUCCAUGUGGUGGCUCUCUUUCGGUCGGGAUAUCGUGGCAUGCUUCCGGAGCUGGGGGUUGUGAAGCGCAUACAUAAUGAGAAGGCGAAGACGACUUUGGGGUGGGUUCCGAGGUCGAUUGAGGAAUGUAUUUGUGAUACGGCUGAUAGCUUGGUUGCACAUGGAGUUGUGUAG